CAUGGCCGACGAAAAGCGCGUCCAAGCAGGCCAGUCGUCACGCACCAGCGGAGAGACUCUCGCCAUAGGGGAUGCUGCCCUCCCGACCUCUGCUCCGAAGGCGAAAGACUCAUUUACUCCAGUCACGAAGGACUUUGGUCUCAUCCCAAUUCCCAGAAGAUUGCGUUAUGACCCAGAACGACCGGCACAUUUUGGCCUGCUGCUGAAUGCGACGUUCGGCAUCGCGAGUACAUUCAUCAUCGCAAACUUGUACUACUGCCAGCCGCUGCUGAUCAAAUACUCAGAGUCUUUUGGCGUCACGUAUGACGAGGUGUCAAGAAUCCCGACAUUGGUACAAGCAGGUGCAACUGGCAUUGUGUUCAUCUCCACUUUGGGCGACCUCGUCCGCCGCCGUCGCCUUAUCCUACUCUUGGUGUUCAUCUCCGCCUCCCUCACCAUUGGCCUCGCCGUGACCAACAGCCUCGCUGUCUUCGAAGCGAUCUGCUUCAUCAUCGGCAUGACCAGCGUCGUGCCGCAGAUCCUCAUGCCACUCGCCGCAGACCUCGCUCCUCCAGAGCGUCGCGCCUCCGCGCUCUCCAUCGUUCUCGCCGGCCUCCUUCUCGGCAUGCUCAUCGCGCGAGUCCUUGCCGGUAUCAUCGCGCGGUUCGCGUCGUGGCGGGUCGUAUACUACAUGGCUAUCGGCGUGCAGUACGCCGUGUGGGGCUUGCUCUACUUGAUGCUGCCUGACUAUCCGGCGAAGAACGCGGGUGCGACGUACUUCGGUAUCCUGUACAGCAUGGCGAAGUUCAGCGUCACGGAGCCUCAGCUCAUCCAGGCGGCGCUCAUUCAAUUUGCUUCGAGUGCGUGCUUCUCGAAUUUUUGGGUAACGCUCACCUUCCUGCUCGGUGGCCCGCCAUACUACUACUCCACGCUGGUCAUUGGCCUCUUCGGCCUCGUCGGCAUGUUCGGCGUAGCGAUGGCCCCGUUAAUUGGGCGCGUCAUCGACGGGCUAAUGUCAUGGUUCGCCGGCGUGAUCGCUAUGCUCUGGCUGCUCGUCUUUCAGGCAAUUGGCGUGGGUGCCAACGGGAUCAACAUCGCCGCCGUCGUCAUCGUCUGCGUCGGGAUCGACGUCUGCCGGCAAAUGGUCCAGGUCUCGCUGACGAGCUCUGUCUUCGGGCUCGACGCCUCCGCGCGUUCGCGCCUGAACGCGGUUUUACUUCUCUCGCUGUUCAUGGGCCAGGUGAUGGGUACCUCCGUCGGCACGCAGGUAUUCGUGAAGUACGGCUGGCGCCCGGCAGCGGCGCUCUCCCUCGCGUGGACGGGCUUCAUGUUGUUCAUGCUGCUCCUUCGCGGUCCGCACGUCAAGAGGUACACGUGGUUCGGGUACGAGGGCGGGAUCGAGGUGCGGAAGAGCAAGCUGGCGGAGAGGGAAAGGCUGCGCGAAGCGGACGCAGAGGCGGCUGUGGCGGCCAACGAGGCUGGGAGCGCAGACGUCGAGGAGACACCGUUGGAUAGCGAGGAACUGCAGAGAGGGGUGGCAGAGAAGAGCGAAAAGCAGGUGGUUGUAGACGAGGAGAGGGGUGCGGCACCCAUAGACUCGUUUUCGAGAUCCAGUGCAGGUGCGUAGUCCGCGAGACGUUCAAUCCAUCAUAGAUUUCUGAGACCCCCACGGAGCGGAAACCACUGUAUCCAUAUGACAUAGACUCAUGACGAGUUG